GAGAGGGAUAGUCAGAAAGAAAAAUAUAGUAAUAGUACUUUUUUUUCUCUCUCUCCCUCUCUUUUUCUGGCAUUUGCUCUUUCUAGUCUGCCUUCAUAUACAUUCUUUGCUUCCUCACGGGAUACUAUCCCCCUCUCUUUCAAUCUCUCACUCUCCCAGUUCUCUCCUCAUAACAAGCCGUCUCUGUUACUGAAUCCCCCGUUCUUCUUCUGCCAUUCUCUUCUUUUCAAGUUCUUCUUUCUAGCACAUAUCGGAUUCGCUGUUAUUUGCUUCUUCUAAUAACUGGGGCUCGUGUUUCGGGGAAUGAUUUCUGGGGAAAAGAAAGCCACAGAAUAAAGAGACAGAGAGAAUGUCGCAGACUGGCAAGCCGAUGCAGGGACUGGGGUUCGAUUCUCUCACUACUCGAUUCCGCGAUUUGUUGGCUUCUGACGAGAACAAGCCUGAUUUUAAAGAACUCGAUCUGGGUUCUCCUGUUUCUCCAUUGAAAACCCCUGCCACUGUUAAUGCUGCCGGUGCCGGCGCCCCUAACACCUCAAGCUGCAGCUCGAGCAGCUCUGCCGGAUCGGUUUCCGGAAGCAGACAAACCGUUGCCAAGUUGCCCUGUAAACCAGACGGGAAGCCCAGCAACAACUCCGGCGAGCUCCGUGAGACCAACUCAAACGCCUGUGAGAGCCUUCAACCGGCUUUGGCAUCCCGACGCACCAAGCCGGGUCAUAGGAGAUCGGUUUCAGCUGGAGCUCCAUUAAUAUACUCCGGUGGAAGUUCUAGCAGCUGGGGGAAUAACGGUCAUCCAAAUGGUGCGACUUCAGGGACUAAUUUGCUCCCAGCCGGCAAUAUUUGUCCGUCAGGGAAGAUCUCAAAAACAGGUUUGGCGCCUCGAACACCCAAUAGAACUGAUGUUUUGGGUUCAGGGACGGUAAACUAUGGCCGAGGCAACAUAAUGCGCGGUGGCGGGAAAUUGGGCAAUGGAGGGCACGUCAUCGUCUACGACAAUGUCCCCGGGAACUCUCAGCUGGGAGGGGUUUCGGACAUUGUGAAGCGAGCAAUGAGUGCUUCAGAUCCUGAGGAAGUGAAAAGAGCUGGAAAUGAGCUAUACAGAAGCGGUAACUUUGCGGAGGCAUUGUCGUUGUACGAUCGCGCAAUUUCGAUAUCACCCAAUAAUCCUGCUUACCGGAGUAAUCGGGCGGCAGCGUUGACGGCUCUGGGGAAGUUGGCUGCGGCGGCGAAGGAGUGCGAAGAGGCUGUGAAACUGGAUCCUGGUUAUGCCAGGGCUCAUCAGAGACUGGCUUCACUUUAUCUGCGCUUUGGGCAGGUUGAGAAUGCCCAGAGCCACCUCUGUCUCCCUGGAAAACAGGUGGAUCAUUCGGAACUGCACAAGCUGGGGCUAUUGGAGAAGCAUUUUAAACGAUGUGCAGAAGCACGAAAGAUCGGUGAUUGGAAAAGCGCACUCAGGGAAUCAGACGCAGCCAUUGCUGUCGGAGCAGAUUUCUCUCCCCAGCUUUUUGCUUGUAAAGCUGAAGCCUAUUUGAAACUUCAUCUGCUUGAGGACGCUGAGUCCACCCUCUCAAACAUUCCAAAGCUGGAGGGUUGCUCUCAAACCAAGUUCUUUGGUAUGGUUGGUGAAGCGUAUGUUCACUUUGUUCGAGCUCAGGUUGAGAUGGCCUUAGGAAGAUUUGAGAAUGCAGUAGCAGAAGCAGAAAAGGCUAGUUUGGUAGACUAUAGCAAUGUGGAAGUUGCAAGGGUAGUAAAUACCGUGAAAAUGGUGGCGGGGGCUCGCUCUCGAGGCAACGAUCUUUUUGGCCAAGGAAAAUUUUCUGAAGCUUGCUCUGCUUAUGGAGAAGGCCUCAAGAUUGAUAGUUCCAACUAUGUCUUGUUCUGCAAUAGAGCUGUUUGCUGGUCUAAACUUGGGCUGUGGGAAAAGUCUGUCGAGGACUGCAACCAUGCCCUGCGAAUACAACCAAACUGUACCAAGGCCCUUCUUCGUAGGGCUGUCUCAAAUUCAAAGCUUGAAAGGUGGGGAGAUGCUAUAAGAGAUUACGAGGCAUUAAAGCAUGAACUUUCUGGAGACAGUAAAGUUGCUGAGUCUCUCCGUCAGGCUCAGCUUGCAUUGAGGAAAUCUCGUGGGGAAGAAUGUGGUUCAAAACUUGUUGAGGUUGAAGAGGUCUCUACAUUAGAUAGAUUCAAAGCCGCAGUUGCUUCUUCUGGUAUCUCAGUGGUUCAUUUCAAGAAGGCAUCUAAUGAACGAUGUCAAGAAAUAUCCCCCUUCAUAAAUACGCUCUGCAUUCGAUACCCAGAUGUUAAAUUCAUCAAGGUGGAUUUGGAAGACUGUACAAGUGUAGGAAAAGCUGAGAGCAUAAGAACUGUGCCGACCUUCAGAAUAUAUGCAAAUGGAGAGAAGGUGAUGGAGAUGAUAAGGCCGAGUCAUCAGUUAUUGGAGGACUCUGUGAGGAACUGUUGUAAUCUCUAGCUUCCAUAAUGUAUACCCUUUAAUUUUUUUGCAGUCAUAUGUAGGCGGACUGGCCAAACCCUGCCCUCUUCAGUUCAGAAAGAUCAGGAGGGUCAGUUUUUGCCCUGGUACACAAAGUGCACAUAAAUUUUUCAGAGCUCUAGGCAGAUAAACCUCAGGGAAAAAUCAGCGUCUUGUUAAUUAGGUUUUCAAUCAUAAAUGUAUAUCUUGUUUCUUCCUUUU